GCAGCCGGCCGCGUCACCAUGAGCUCCCAGCCCCGCCGCAUCCGUCUGAAGCCCUGGCUGGUGGCGCAAGUGAGCAGCGGUCAGUACCCAGGCCUCUGCUGGGUGGAAACGGAGCACAAGAAGUUCUGCAUCCCCUGGCGCCAUGCCACGCGGCACACGCCCAGCCAAGAAGACGAGAACACCAUUUUCAAGGCCUGGGCGAAAGAGACCGGCAAGUACAAUGAAGGGGUGGACGAGCCGGAUCCUGCCAAGUGGAAAGCCAACCUGCGCUGCGCUCUCAACAAGAGCCGGGAGUUCAACCUCAUCUAUGAUGGGACGAAGGACACCCCCAUGCAGCCCUACAAGAUCUACGAGGUUUGCGAUGUGCCGCAGCCCAACGGAGAAGCCUUUGCCGGCGACGAAAAUGCCGGAGGGGAAGAGGAGGAGGAGUUGCAGAAGAUCAUGCCAGCGCUGAAGAUUGCAGAUCCUAGCCACGCCGUGGAGCCGCUGCCCCCGUACCCGUGGCUGAAGCAAGAGGUCCCCUACCACAGCUCUUGCGGCAAUGGGCAUUUCCCACACUUGGGGCCCCAGGAUGUCCCCGGCGUGUCCCCGCCGCCUCCCCAUGCUGGGCCUCCUUCAGCCUUCGCCGUUGGAGGGGAUCACACCGCACCGAACUUUGCCGAAACGGCCAGCCGGAUGCCGCUGGCGCCUCUCGUCCCCGGGGCCAUGGAGUCAUUGCCACAGGCGGUCUGUCCUGCGGCCCCCGUGGAGCAGUGCUUCCCCAACUUACUGAUUAGCCCCCACAUGCUGCCAUUGACAGACCUGGACAUCCGGUUCCAGUACCGCGGCCGCUCGGUGGGCAACCUGACCAUCAGCAACCCCCACGGCUGCCGCCUCUUCUACAGCAACCUGGAGCCAACUCAGGAGCAGGUGGAGCUGUUUGGGCCGGUGACGGUGGAGCAGGUGCGCUUCCCCAGCACAGAUGCCGUGCCAAACGAGAAGCAGCGCUUCUAUACCAACCAGCUGCUGGAGUUCUUGGAUCGGGGCCUCAUCCUGGAGCUGCAGGGCCAGGACAUCUACGCCAUCCGGCUGUGCCAGUGCAAAGUCUUCUGGACGGGGCCCUGCGCGGGCGAGCUGGCUGGCCCCAACCCCAUCGAGCGCGAGAAGAAAAUCAAGCUCUUCAGCUUGGAGAACUUCCUCAACGGACUCAUCAUGUUCCAGAAGGGUCAGAGCACUGUGCCGCCGCCCUAUGAGAUCUUCUUCUGCUUCGGAGAAGAAUGGCCAGACCAUAAACCCAAGGAGAAGAAGCUGAUCACAGUCCAGGUGGUACCAGUGGCCGCCCGCCUCCUCUUGGAAAUGUUCUCCGGGGAACUGUCCUGGUCAGCCGACAGCGUCCGCCUCCAGAUCUCCCACCCGGAUCUCAAGGACAAGAUGGUUGAGCAGUUCAAGGAGCUGCACCAGCUGUGGCAAACCCAGCAGAAUGUCCAGCUCCAAACCCUGGAGCCGGCGGGACCAGAAACGUGGCCGAUGCAGACCAACGCCACCGAACGCAUGCACCAGUGA